AUAUCUAUGCUUUAAAGUUUCAAACGUGUGGUGAAAUGUAUUUCACCUACUUACGGAAUAUAUAAAACAAUGAAUAUAUUAAACAAAGUGCUAUUUCAGUGGAUGUACGAGAUCAUAAAAUCAUAAUGCUGAGUGCUGAGAACUUCAAAGACCUUGAGGAGAAAGGUUAUACUGUUGUGAAAAAUGUUCUUAGCAAACAGGAAUGCGACGCCGCAAUUGCUGAUUACAGAGCAUGGCUCGCGAAUUUCGGUGACAAAUUUCCAAAGUCGUUCAACUCCAUUAUCAAAGACCACAACACUGGACACAUGGAAGUAACAUGGCGCCUUCGACUGAAGGCUAAACCUGUGUUCGCCCAGAUAUGGAAAACAGAGAAGUUGUUGACUAGUUUCGACGCUGUCUCCAUAGGUCGUCCCCCAGAAUCCGGUGGAGAAGAAUUUCAGGAUCCAAGAAAGUACUGGCUGCAUGUAGAUUAUACACCGUCAAGAAUUGGUCUCCAUGCCUAUCAAGGUUCCCUUUUUCUAGAAGAACAAACUAAGAAUGACUGGACAUUUCAAGUUAUGGAAGGGUCACAUAGAUUGAUAGAAGAGUUUUUCCGAAAAUUUCCAGAAAAGGCUGAGGAUUCUAGGCGGUUCCGUCAUAACUAUCGUCUGGACAGCGAAGACAUUGACUACUUCAAAAAAUGCAAAUGUCGGUUGACACGAGUUCCGGUUCCGAAAGGGGGCAUGGUGUUAUGGGAUUCUAGACUGAUACAUGCUAAUGCAAGACCGCUUCCGAAUCGGAAGAAUGCCGGUAGAUGGCGCUUUGUAACAUUUGUCUCUAUGACACCGGCAAUAUGGGCUAAUGACAUUGACAUAAAGAAACAUCAAGAGGCGUAUACAGCUCCUAAGAUGACAUUACACUGGUCCUCGCAGGGUAUACAUCUUCUAGAGACAUCGUCAAGCCCCGGGAUACCAUGUCCGACAACUGUGCCUGAUAUCGCGCGAACAGAGGAAGCAAUGCAACUAUCCGCUAUGCUACCGUAUGAUUACAAUGACGGGAAGCCGAAUGGUGAACAUGAUUUACCACUGUGGAAAAAUACAAGCAAUCUACCGGACGAAAUUAAUACAGAAAAGCUUCAAGCGAACGGACAUAUUUGACUGUUUAUAUAUGUUAUAAGUCCUGUGCUUUUUAGAAGGGCGUAAACAUAAACAUAGUCAUACACGCAGCAGAUACCGAGAGCAAUAUGAACAAAAAAAAUGCGGGACAAAAGACACUAUCAGCAUUAGAUAACGCAACGCCCUCCCGUUAAAGAUAAAUUACAAGAAACCAGGAAAUUAUUUUUGAGAAGGUAAUUAAUGUUCAUAGUACAAAGAAAAAGAACACAUCAUCUCGCCAGUUAUCAGUAAAUAAACGCCGAGGACGUUGAACUAAUGUUAAUUCUUUAGGUAAAAAGGUUAUGUUUAAAUUUGGUAAAACUGUAGUAAAUGG